AUGUUGCGCAAUUUGCUCCCGGCAAUCUGGGCCUUCUUCCUGCUGGCAUCCGUUGCCCAGGCCCAGUUCAACUUCUUCGACAACAUGUUUGGAGGCAAUCAACAGCAAGCGCAACAAAACCAGGGUCCUCAGAAUGCACCCAGUGACAGUGUUCGAUACCAAAAGAUGUGGCAACAAUCCCAAUGCAGCAACUACCUUUGCCCAGGAACUCUUGCAUGCGUGCACUUCCCACACCACUGCCCUUGCCCGCAUCCCGAUGUCGAAGAAAAAGUUGAGCUUGCGGAAGGAAGUGCGAUCUGUGUUUCCAAGGGAGGAUACAAGGCUGGCGAGGCAGCCCGCAAGAUUGAACUCGCCCGUAAGGGCCUCCUGUGA